GUCACAAGAAAAUACCGUGAAAUUUUCCCGUAACGCAUCACUAGUGAGAAUAGUCCACUUGACCCAGGCACUAAUACGUAACACUUAAAAUUCCCAAUACAAAAAGCCUAACCGAAAUGUGCCAGUUCUUACUUGUGACCUGGCUGGCACACAUACGCAAAACCACCCUUACACUUACACCAACAUUAAAGUGACUAACGAUAACCCUUAAGUCUCUGAAAACAAGGUUUAAAAAUAGUCAAUCUUAUGUAUAAUACACCCACACAGCAACAGAUCCCGGGGUUCACCAUCAGUGUCGGUUGAGACUCCGUCGCGCCUGGACGUGUCGAACGAAUCUUCGCGAACGAAUUCGUAGUGAAUGCAAUGUGGUGUGCUGUGUUGUGAAUUUUAAAGAUUUAGUGCUCUAUCUGUGUGGAUUUUUGGAUACUGAGCGAAUUGUGACGAUGUGCUAGUGCAGUGCUAUGUGCGCGUGAAGUUAAACAAGAUGGCCGCCGUGUUGCUCGUGUUCUUGCUGGGCUGCGUCGGCGCUUUGGCUGAAAAAGAAACAACAGCAGCGCUAGUAGGCGAGACCGCACGUAUAAAAUGCCGGAUCGACAGCGCCUCCUGCGGAGAGAUGCAUAGCGUGAAAUGGUACAAGGACGAUGUCAGGAUAUACGUGUUCUCGGCGUCUAAGGGCGCCGCCAUCAACAGGCCGGAGGGCGAUAUGAUGACCAGAAUGUCGAUCAGCCACGUCCCCAACUCCACCUUCGCUGAGCUGGUCAUCAACAGUGUCCAGGCCUCAGACGAGGGGCUGUACCGCUGCGAGAUCACGUAUCUGCAAGUGGGAGACGACUGCAACACCGUGCAGCUGUCUCACUUCAACACAUACAUAAAACCAAAAACAGUAGAGCUACUGGCCAUCGACGGUACCAACUCCACCACCAUACAAGACGGUACCACCUUGGGACCACUCGUGAUCUACAAGCAGAUCACCGUAGCCUGUCUCGUGAAGGAGGGGAAACCCCAGCCUAAAGUGACGUGGUACUUUAAUGGGAAGGAGAGGACGGAUGCUCAACGCACAACUCCGGACAACACGACCGUCCAGCAAAGCUUGGCUCUGACGAUAUCUCGAGAAGAGCUUGGUGGUGAACUGAAAUGCUCCGUCUCAUCAGAUGCUUUGGACGAACCGAUCGUGAAAAGAGUCAAGCUUGAUGUUAGAGUCCCCCCAUCGAAAGUGGAGAUCCUCGGCGUCGGAGACCACGUGACCCAGGGCACCACCCUGACCAUGACCUGCGUGGUCAAGGGGGCUAAUCCACCGGCCGUCGUUCAGUGGUACAAUGGAACUACCCUGCUCGAUUCGAGGCAGCAGGAAGUUAAGAGCGACUCGACAUACGAAACGAUGGCGAAUCUCACGUUCACGGUGACGCGGUUCGAAAACGGACGGAAAUUCACGUGCAAAAGCGAGAAUGAAGUUAACAAGAUAAUCAGUGAGGAGCCGCUCGUCAGGACUAAGGAGAUGGAAGUAUGGUAUCGUCCAAUAGUCCACGUGAAUCCACCCAAUUUCACCGUUCUGCAGGAUACCAAGAUCCUCCUCAAGUGCGAGUAUGAGAGCAACCCGUCACUCCUCAUAGACGUUGCAUGGUACAAAGAUGACGAAAAGGUCGACGUCAACUCCUCCCACUACCAGGGCGGCAACGUCAACCAACCAGCGCUCAUCAUCCACAAUGUCACUGGGAGUGACAGUGGAAACUAUACCUGUCAGCUGAAAAAUGACGUUGGAAACAGCACUAGCGACAACGCUAUUGACGUUAAUGUUUUGUACAAACCCACAGUCCGUCUAGUAAUGUCGGACCCCAGCCCCAUCAACGAGCUGGACCAUAAGAACGUGACGCUGAUAUGCGAGGCCAUCGACGGAAACCCGAGGACCCUGGAUGAGGUCACCUGGUAUCUGGAUAAUGAGGUGCUGAAGAAGCUUCCGGAAUGCAAUGGAACUGAUCCGGCCCUGUGUGAUGAAGUGGAUCCCUCAAUGCUGCUUCUCCAGGACACGACGAGAAGUUUCCAUGGCAACUACUCCUGUCAGGGCAAGAACGCCGCGGGAGAGGGAGAAAGAAGUCCGCAGACCGAGCUGGUUGUCAAUUAUCCCCCUGGACCGGCGAAGCUGGUGUAUUCCCCUUGGCGAGUAGUCAAACAGAAAUCCCUCAUUCUGACGUGCAGCAUUGAAGAGAAAGGCAGACCGGAAGCUCAGAGAUUCCGCUGGCACCGAGGUGGCCGCCUCGUCCCGGACAUUGUGUCCGCCAACUGGACCAUCGACCCCAUCAGCCUCGACCACAGGACCAACUUCUCGUGUCGCGGCUUCAACGCUGGGGGCGAGGGGCCGCCUGCAACUACCUUCAUUAAUGUACUUGCUCCUCCAAGCUUCAAGUACGCCAUGAACUACUACAGCGGAGCUUUGUACAAAUCUCAAAACAUAUCCCUCAAAUGCACCGUGGAAUGCGCCCCCCGCUGCAGCGUGCAAUGGCUCAUGAUGAAGGACAAUGAGGAGAUGCAGAUCAUUGACCCCAACAAGACGGAUAGGUACUAUAUCGUGGAAAGGGAGAUCGGGCCCGAGGUUAACAGGAACGAUUUCGAGGCUACGGAGAGUACUUUGUACUGGAACAUGUCGGCUUGGGCUGGAGGCGUUCUGGACCGCACGGACCCUCGCAUCACCAAAUACAUGUGUCGCUCUUCGAGAAACGAUGCCGGGCCUGCUGUCAAUAGUACCACACAUUUUGCUGUCGAAUAUGAACCAGAAAACAUCACAGUGACUCCGGGAAUAGUUCCAGUGAUCGAAGGAGAAAUACCCGGAAAAGUCGUCUGUUCGGCUAGAGGUUUCCCCGUCCCCUCCUACUCGUGGCGUCGAGAGAACGCCAGCAAAUCUUUAGCCAAGGACCACACCAACACCUCUCUCGUCCUCUCAUCUUCCAACACUCUUCUGCUUGGCCCGGUGCAGAGAAAAGACGCAGGGCACUAUCUUUGUGAGGCUCAUAACAGACAUGGCGCUGUUUCUACUACAGCGUACUUGGAUGUCAUGUUUGUUCCGGAGUGCGGCAUUAAGCAAGCGGAGGUGGACGGCGAACAAGUCCUGAUCUGCACAGCUCACGCUAACCCUAGCGAGGUAACCUUCUACUGGAAACUGAAGAACGACAACGACUCCCUCUCCGACGAGAAGAUUUGGCAAGUCGGCCAGCAGAGCUACCUCCGCCUACACCCCGGCGUUGAGGUCCACAGGACGUAUCUCUGUUACGCUAACAACUCUGUGGGCAGGAGUAGGGAGUGCGAGCGAGAUGUGCAAGCCAACCUGGAAAGCCUCACUUCGGCAGUUUGGUGGCGGGAUCGACAGCAACUCAUCCUGAUUGGUUGCAUUGCCCUCGCUAUCUUAGUCAUCACCGUUAUCCUCUGCAUCAUCAUCAUCUGCAUAUGCAGGCGGAUGAGAGCGAAAUCCAAAUACAAUAAUCCAGUGGAAUUAGAGGAGAGAGAAAAGUUCCUAACAGCACUAACUCCAGAUGUUCUAAGACUGACUACAAUUAAUACCUCAGGCCCACCUAUGAAUGGCGUAGAUAAUGCACCAAACGGCAACCUUGGAGCGGACAGUCCCGGCCUGUACGAGAAUCUGCCGUUCCAUGGGCUCCAACAAGCACCUAAUAAGCCGUUCAAACCGGACGACAUGUUCAUUUACGCCGACGCCGACCUGAAGGACUACGGGCCGAUCAACUACAAACAGGCCUCCAUCUACUCGCAGAUGAAGAAGGUCAAGGAGCAACAGCGCCUGCAGGAGAUAUACGACAAGCAACAGGACGAUAUGUUGUGAUUUUGUUACAUAUUUCAAUGUAAAACUUUAAAGUAAAGGAAGAUGGAAAAAUUCACCGCUUCAGGCAAAAUUCGAACUAGCGACUUUUUGGAACAUCGUUCCAAUUUCUCUUAACCAACUGUGUGCCUGGCCAAGAUGCCAAUUGUUUACGCCGUAGUCAACGAUACGCUUUCUUUCUGUCGCACUAAUAUGGAAGAGUGAUAGAGAGAGAUUACCGUUUUGUUCGCUACGGCGCAAACGAUUGGCUGGCUAGGCCCUCUGAGCUACCGAAUCUUACCAGAAGCGUGCAAUUUUUUCCAUUCCUUCCUUCUUUUUGAGACGCAAAUUUUUAUUAUAGUUUGCAGACGUAUCUGCUUGAUAAAACAUAGUUCAUUUUAAUACAGUUAUUUCAACUCGGGAAAGGGGUCUCAGAAAGAGAGAGAAUAAGUUGAAAACUCUUUCAAGACAACUUUAAGAAUUUUCAGCUUAUUAUCUUUCGUUCAUAAGUGCAACCCUUUUUUUGACUAGCCGUAUUCUUAAUUUUUUUUUUCUUUUUUACAAAUAAUAAUAAUUUAGUAACAGGUCUGUUGAUCUGGAUUUUUAUGGAUAUGAUCUGUCAGUAGUGUCAGUUUGAAAAGUGACGUUUCUGUUCACAGAUCACAUUUGUAAUAAAUCGAGAUCAAAUACAAAACCUGUAUUACAAUCAGAAUACGCCUCUGAUUUUAUAUAAGAUUCAUGUUUUUUUUAUAUAAAUAUGUUAUUUAUACAACCUGCUGUUGCUGUGUCGUAUCUGAUAAACUAGUAAUGUAAAAUGGUCGAUACUUCCUACAAUAUCGAUACCUUUAGACUUCAUUAACGUAAAAGACAUACAUAAUUAUGUCGCUUACGCUAAUCGACUCUAAAGCUAUCGAUAUUAUACGUUAAGUAUAGAACUUUCUCUACACGAUAUAACAAUCUGUAAAAUACUCUGGACUGACAAACGACCCCCAAUUGUGACGAUUAGCCUAAAAUGUACAGAUUAGCGUAAAUAUUGCGUAUGUAAAUAAAUUAUUUUCACUUCCGCAUACGACUGUGAAAUAGACUAUGAUGUAAGAUUUUCACUUGAACUAAACUCUGAAUAACUAAUUAGUUAAAGAGGCGUUUUCCCAUAUCUAUCGCAGGGGCGUAAUUAUAUGUAUUGCUAUCCUGCCUACGCCAGCGGUCAAUGCCACUAUGCGAGCGGGACCACAAUGUAAUUACUCGCGUGCGAUAGAGAUAGGAAAGAGCGGGUCAACGUACGAUAUUUUUCGUGCUUGGGGUCCAUACUUUAAUAGGCAUUUUUUUUUCGCUGGCGAUAACAACCCAUGGCGUAUUCAAGUGCCAAAACGCCUAAAUGACAUUGUCAAUUUCCUGACCGUAUAGUGCGACAUAAAACAGUAGUUAAAUGAAAUGUAACUAAAAAAAUUCCAUACUAAAUUGUUGCCAUGUUCAUUUUACGUCAAAUAUAUGACAGAUGCGUAGGAAGUGGCGCCCUCAAUAAUUAUCUACAAUUUCUUGUCGGACUAUACCAUCGUGACGUGUAUUAAAACUGAAUGUACUGACAUUUUCUUGUACAUACAUUUCUGAAUCCUAAUACUAAUAAGGCAGUAAUGUAAAAGUUAUACUGUUUUUUGUACACUUAGAUUUUUACUUUUGUUACAAUCUUUCAUAAACAGGGUAUUUGGCUGAAUAUGAAAGAAAACAGACGUAUUUAAAGGUUUGUAAAUAAAAUAGUGAAUAAACUAGCUCUGGGCCUUAGUUUAUUAUUAUUUGAUAUAUUAUAAAUUAAUUUCUGAUGUUUUAGAGCAAAUUUAUUCCUCUUGACACUAUAGCAUUGGCUUUUAUUACUUUCAUUUACUUGAUAAAACGUUUGACUGAAAUAAAAAUAAUUUAGGUCUAGGAAUAAUUUUAAGACCCAUAACUAUUUGUAAUGUUUUUCAUAUUAAUGUGCCUAAAAAUUAAAAAUUACAAGCUUUUUGAUUUUAUUUUUAUUGAUUGUAUUAAUUACAAAGCAAAAUAAAAAAUAAAAUUUAAGACUAAUUAUUAACAUUUAUUUUUUUGUAACUUAAACCGAUAUGGGCUUUUGAGAGUUCCUGUGACUAAUUUUAUUUUUAUUUUAUUCGUUAAUGCUUUUGUAGGGUAACAACACGUUAGAUUUUAUUAUCCGUCCAAACGGGUGAGUCUACAAAAUUAGUUGAAUUUAGCUAAAACCCAUUUCUAGGUAAAAUUGUAAUUAGUGUAAAAUACGCUAAGCUGUAUGAAAUUAAAAGUAAAACCAUAGAAUCGAACUAAGCUAACUCUGCAUCGCAUUUGCAAUGACAAAAUGUGGCAAUGUCAUCAUUAGUGACAAAUUUCUAUGAAAAUAUGACGUUGUUAAUGACACUCACUUUGUCCUGUUCAAGUGGAUGCAAUAUUAACUUAGACAGAUUUUAGUCAAAUGAUCAAAGAUAGAUUGUAAAUUAGUAUUUGGGAAUUACGAACACUUCUAAGAUCUGAAGUGGAUUACAUUAAAUGUAUCAAAAAGUAAUCGUGAAUAAUAAUGAAGUAAUUGAACUGUUUAUUAUUUAAAGUAAUUAUUUAUAUCGAUUGUAGAACUGUCAAUGGAUUAUAUAUUUAAAUUAUACAUAUUGUGUGGAUACUCGAUGUGUAGUGUUCAUACAUUUGCAGGGGCCCGUAGUACAACGGCAUUUAUUUUAUACUUUUAAUUCAUAUAUUUUGUACCGAUUUUUAUUUAUUAAUGCAACGAAAUACGAAUUUUAAUGUACUUAAUUUAUAUUUUAACAUCGUUUUAAGGUAUCCCGCUGUUACUUGUGAUAAUAGUACAUGUAACGAACGGUUAAUAACUAGAAAUGUACCAUUAACCAUUAACAAAAAUUGGUUAUUUUAAAUAAUCUUUGGUACUUACUCAUAAGUUUUUUAACACAUUUAAAAUACCUAUGUUUUCUGGCGUUUAGAUUUAUCAUUAUAAGAACAAAUUGUUAACGCCAUUGCAAAAUAUAUUAAUUAUUUUCAUCGUUAAUAAUUAACGAAUAAUGAAUUAUUCAUGUUUGUGAGACUAAACCCGUAAAUUUAUUGUCAUACUAAUGUAAAAACUUUAAACUAUGCCAAAAAACUUUAAUUUUUGCUUGCUCAUUUGGUGCUUAACAUUGAUGAACAAUUUGAUUGUUAAACAAUAUUACUCAAUACUUAGCAGGUUAUAUUUAUUUACUCCUAAAUGAUGAGACUAAAUUGAGUAAAGUAAAAUUAUUUCGCCAAUGACUUUAUUUAUGCACAAAAAAGAAAUGUGAAUACAGUGUGGCAAGAUAAGCCGGGCCCUGGAAGGAAACUACCUUAAAUCCUUAAGCUGGCUCAUUUUACUUAAAGGAGACAUUCCUACAUUUUUAAAAAGAAACAAAACUGCAUUCAAAGAUUUUUCUUUUUUUCUUCAAUUUCGUUUGUCUAAAAAUAUUCUUGAGUACUAAAUAUUCGAUUUUAUGGAUAUUUUGUACGACAGACGAGUGUAAGACCUAAUGUUUCUUGGAGAAAUGUUAUCAUUAACAUCAACUGUAUCGACUAGUAGAAAAAAAUAGCGAGUGUUUAUUUUUUGGAAGUUUUACUCGGUUCGAUUCCCGGUCGAAACAAGCGAAUUUUUAAAAAUCUUUAAAUGCAGUUGUGUUUCUCUUUAAAAAUAAAGGAAUGUCUCCUUUAAGUAAAAUGAGCCAGCUUAAGGAUUUAAGGUAGUUUCCCUCCAGGGCCCGACUUAUCUUUCCACACUGUAUAUGUCACAAGUUUGUCCGUAAAGCCUAAAGAAUUUCUUCAACAUUUUGUAAUAAACCAAUGUCUUAAAAUGAAUAAUGUCACUUUAGUAAAUACAGGAUACUUAUAAAUAAUAUGUAACACUUCAUUCCGCGGUUAUAUAUUGAGACUUAAAUACAUAGGAUCGUUAAUGUAACUAGAGAUUUUGUACAUAAAGUGACUUGUUAUAAUAUUGUCAAAUAGUGUUAAUAAAUUAAUUUAUGGAUUUUUA